AUGCUUUUCACCACUUCAAUCCUCCACCUUGCUGUUUUCGCUGCUUGCACCAAUGGUCUAUCUAUCCAAGCUCGUCCAAGUUCUACCCAUGACGUAGCCAGACGUCAAAAUACCAAUAAUGGAAACGGUCAAAACACUCCUCCCAGAAAUAACCAAGCAAAUGGUAACAAUCAAAACACAGUCGGAAACAACAACUUGAAUAUCCAAGGUCAAGGUCAAGGUCAAAGUCAAGAAAAUGAGGAAGCUGAAGAACAAAACAAACCACCUUCACUCAAAACAAUUGCCAAGGCUUAUAAACAAGUCCACCACGAAGAGAAGAACUCGACUGCUGGUCCUAAUGAAACCAGUGAACUUGUUAGAAUCCUUGGUCAAGCUGUUGGUAGUAGUUCUGAAAGUGGUGAUCCUGCUGCUGUGGCCAGAGCUAUUGAGACAGCGUACGAAACUUACAAGAGUCGCAAUGGUGGAAAUACCAACGCUAAUAACGACGGCCAAACCCCUGUCGGCACCACUCAGAGGAGCGUAAACGUUGGUGCCAAUGGUGGAAGCAGCUCAGGAGCCGAUGGAAACUUUAAUUCAUCUUCUCAAAACCGCCAAAGCUCCCAAGCCAAUCAGAACAGCGCGAAUGGCAAUAAUAACUUCAAUUCUUCAGUCAAUUCUCAAUCAAACGGUCAAACCUUUCAAUCAAAUCAGAAUAACAACAUCAACAGAAAUGGUGAUAACAACUUCGGAUCAAACUCCCAGUCCAACUUCAACUCCAAUGACAACAACAACAACAACUUCAAUGGAAAUUAA